GUGUGUGUGUGCGUGUGUGUGGAAGAAUAACGCCCCUCCGUGCGGAGCGGCGAAUGGAGAAGUGCGUCCCUCAAGUCAUUUCUAACCCGGGAUCUGGAGUGACAACAUCCCAUAGCUCGGAGUUCACAGACUGCGCUUUACUUUCUCUGCGUGGAGCUACUCAAGGAUGAACUGAAAGCCGUUUGUGUUUUUCUUGUAUUGUUUUUUUUUUUUUUAAUCUAACGGAGAGGAAGACACAAUAUCGGAUCUAUGAAAAAACCCACGUGGAUUUGUACAACCAUUUUAAACCAGAAGGAAUGCAUAUUUUCUUUGUGAAACUAACUUUCUUGUUGUCGCUGAUAGCACUAACACGAGGUCUAAGAUGCUCCACGUCCACGGAGUCGUGUUUGAACCAGGGGAGGUGUGAAGGAACUCCAGACGGCAAUGGAGAGUGCAAGUGCCAGGACGGAUACUUGGGGAGCAGGUGCCAGUUUCCUGACCCGUGCGUCUCCUCGCCAUGCAUGAACGGCGGCUCGUGUCGUGUCGUGUCCAGGGGGAGCACGGUGGACUACAGCUGCACCUGCAGGCUGGGCUACACCGACCGCCGCUGCCUGACGCCCAUCAACAACGUGUGUAUCAGCUCGCCGUGUCGCAACGGAGGCACCUGCGAGCUUGAGAGUCUCCAGACGUACAAGUGCCGCUGCCCGCCUGGAUGGUCAGGUAAACUGUGCCAACAAGCCGACCCCUGUGCCUCAAACCCGUGUGCCAACGGCGGCCAGUGCUCCGCCAUUGAGUCCCACUACAUCUGUACCUGCACGCCCUUCUUCUCCGGAAAGACCUGCAAACAGGACGUUAACGAGUGCGAUGCGAACCCGUCGCCCUGCAAGAACGGUGGGGCGUGCAUCAAUGAUGUCGGCGGCUACCGAUGCCAGUGCCCGCAGGAGUACACGGGCAAGCACUGCGAGAGCCGCUACCUGCCCUGCAACCCAUCACCGUGCCAUAAUGGAGGCACCUGCAUCCAGAAGGGAGAGACCAGCUAUGAAUGCUCCUGUGUGCCAGGUUUUACAGGAAAAAACUGCAACCACAACAUUGAUGACUGUCCAGGUCAUGGGUGCCAGAACGGAGGGACAUGUGUAGAUGGAGUCAACACCUACAACUGCCAGUGUAGACCAGAAUUUACAGGUCAGCUCUGCACAGAUGACGUUGAUGAGUGCCAGCUGAUGCCCAACGCCUGCCAAAAUGGCGGCACGUGCCACAACACCUUCGGCAGCUACCAGUGUGUGUGUGUGAACGGCUGGACUGGGGACGACUGCAGUGAGAACAUCGAUGACUGUGCCAGUGCUGCAUGCCACCAGGGAUCCACCUGUCAUGACCGCGUCGCUUCUUUCUACUGCGAAUGCCCCCAUGGCCGCACAGGACUGCUGUGCCAGCUGGACGACGCCUGCAUCAGCAACCCUUGUCAGAAAGGCUCCAACUGUGACACCAACCCCGUCAGUGGAAAUCACUUCUGUACCUGCCCAUCGGGGUACUUCGGGGCUUCCUGCGAUCAGGAUGUUGACGAGUGCUCGCUGGGUUCCAAUCCAUGUGAGCAUGCAGGGAAGUGUAUAAACACCAAGGGUUCGUUCCAGUGUAAGUGCCAGCGGGGUUACGUGGGGCCGCGCUGCGAGCUGGACAUCAACGAGUGCAUGUCCAACCCGUGUAUGAAUGAGGCCACCUGCCUGGACCAGAUAGGAGACUUCCACUGUAUCUGCAUGCCAGGUUACGAGGGGGAGUUCUGCGAGAUCGAUACAGACGAAUGCGCCAACAGCCCCUGCCUGAACAACGGCAAGUGUAUCGACAAGAUCAACGCCUUCCACUGCCAGUGCCCCACAGGCUUCACUGGGAACCUUUGCCAGAUAGACAUCGACGAGUGUGCCAGCACGCCGUGCAAAAACGGCGCCAAGUGCACAGACGGACCCAACAAGUACACCUGCGAGUGCACUGAAGGUUACACUGGGAGGCACUGUGAGACGGACAUCAAUGAGUGUUACUCUGACCCGUGCCACUACGGUACCUGCAUUGACGGCCUGGCCUCAUUCAGCUGCCACUGCAACCCUGGAUACACCGGCCGGCUGUGUGAGACCAACAUCAACGAGUGUCUGAGCCAGCCGUGCAGGAACGGAGGCACCUGCCAGGACCGAGAGAACGCCUACAUCUGCAGCUGCCCAAAGGGCACCACAGGAAUCAACUGUGAAAUCAACAUCGACGACUGCAAGAGCAAUCCCUGUGACUAUGGGACCUGCAUCGACAAGAUCAAUGGCUACGAGUGUGCGUGUGAACCCGGCUACACGGGUACCAUGUGUAACAUCAACAUCGACGAGUGUGCCAUCAACCCCUGCCACAAUGGCGGCACCUGUAUCGAUGGCAUCAACAGCUUCAUCUGCGUGUGUCCAGAAGGUUACCAUGACGCCACCUGCUUCUCCCAGGUCAACGAGUGCCUCAGCAAUCCCUGUAUCCACGGCCACUGUGACGACAAGAUCAAUGGCUAUAAAUGCCUGUGUGAUUCUGGCUGGAGUGGUAAAAACUGCGACAUCAACAACAAUGAGUGUGAAUCCAACCCAUGUAUGAAUGGAGGCACCUGCAAGGACAUGACCAGCGGAUAUGUUUGCACCUGUCGAAUGGGCUUCACUGGCCCAAACUGCCAGACCAACAUCAAUGAAUGUGCCUCCAACCCCUGCCUCAACCAGGGGACUUGCAUUGACGAUGUCGCAGGCUACAAGUGCAACUGUAUCCUGCCUUACACGGGAGAGAACUGUGAAACCUUGAUGGCCCCCUGCAGCUCCAAACCCUGCAAGCACGCGGGGAUGUGUCAGGAGUCGGAGGACUAUCAGAGCUUCUCCUGUGUCUGUCCUGAAGGAUGGCAAGGCCAAACAUGUGAGGUGGACAUCAAAGAGUGUGUGAAGAAUCCCUGUCGCAAUGGAGCAACCUGCCAGAACACUUUGGGCAGUUACCGCUGUGGCUGCAAACCCGGUUUCACUGGACGCAACUGCGAAACCAACAUCGAUGACUGCAAGCCCAACCCCUGCAGCAACGGAGGCCUCUGUAAGGACGAGGUGAACGGCUUCCUGUGUACCUGCCUGCCCGGCUUUCGGGGCACAAAGUGCGAGGAGGACAUCAACGAGUGUGAGAGCAACCCAUGCAAGAAUGGAGCCAACUGCACCGACUGUGUCAACAGCUACACCUGUACCUGCCCGCCCGGCUUCAGUGGAAUCCACUGUGAAAAUAACACUCCCGACUGCACUGAGAGCUCCUGCUUCAAUGGCGGUAGCUGUGUGGACGGCAUCAACACCUUCACAUGUUUAUGCCCGCCGGGCUUCACCGGGAGUUACUGCCAGCAUGACAUCAACGAGUGUGACUCCAAACCCUGUCUGAACGGCGGCACCUGCCAGGACAGCUACGGCACCUACAAGUGUACCUGCCCACAUGGUUACACCGGACUCAACUGUCAGAACUUGGUUCGUUGGUGCGACUCAUCACCCUGUAAGAACGCGGGAACUUGCUGGCAGAGGGGAACCACCUAUAGCUGCGAGUGUGAGACUGGCUGGACGGGCCUUUAUUGUGACGUCCCAAGUGUCUCCUGUGAGGUGGCAGCCAAACAGAGAGGAGUCGAUGUUGCCCAUCUGUGUCGUAACUCUGGUCAGUGUCUAGACGCAGGAAACGUUCACUACUGCCACUGCCAGGUUGGAUAUACCGGAAGUUACUGUGAGGAGCAGGUGGACGAAUGCACCCCAAACCCGUGCCAAAACGGAGCCACCUGUACUGACUUUUUAGGUGGAUACACCUGCAAGUGCAUGCCAGGAUACGUGGGGACUAACUGCUCUGACGAGAUCAAUGAAUGUUUCUCCCAGCCGUGCCAGAACGGGGGCACCUGCAUUGACCUGAUCAAUACCUACAAAUGCUCCUGUCCCCGGGGAACCCAAGGUGUGCACUGUGAGAUCAACAUGGACGACUGCAACCCAUUCAUCGACCCAGUCACCAAAGAGCCCAAGUGUUUCAACAAAGGGAAGUGUGUGGAUCGAGUCGGCGGCUACCACUGCAUCUGCCCUUCGGGAUACGUAGGGGAGCGCUGCGAGGGAGACAUCAACGAGUGUCUGUCCAACCCCUGCGACCCGCGGGGCACGCACAGCUGCAUCCAGCUCACCAACAACUACCGCUGCGAGUGUCGCACCGGAUACACAGGUCAACACUGUGACAUGGUGUUUGAUGGCUGUAAGGGAAAACCGUGUCGCAAUGGAGGGACCUGUGCUGUAGCCAGUAACACCCCACAUGGUUUCAUCUGCAAAUGUCCUCCUGGCUUUACUGGCUCCACGUGUGAAUACGAUGCCCAGGCCUGCGGUAGCCUCCACUGCCGCAAUGGAGGCACCUGCAUCUCCGGCCACAAGAGUCCCAAGUGUCUGUGCACCCCGUCCUUCACUGGACCUGAGUGCCAGUAUCCCACCGACAGCCCCUGUAAUUCCAACCCCUGCUACAACGGUGGCACAUGUGAAUACACCUCUGAAGCGCCGUACUACCACUGCGUCUGCCCCACGAACUUCAACGGUCUUCGAUGCCACAUCCUGGAUUACAGCUUCCAGGGAGGGUUUGGCCACGACAUCCCACUGCCGUCGGAGGUGGACAACGUCUUCUGCGAUAUCCCGCAGUGCACAGAAGCUAAGCACAACAAAUUCUGCGACGUGCACUGUAACAACCACGCAUGCGGCUGGGACAACGGUGACUGCUCGCUCAACUUCGACAACCCGUGGAAGAACUGCUCUGCCUCGCUGCAGUGCUGGCGAUACUUCAACGAUGGAAAGUGCGAUUCACAGUGUGACAACGCUGGAUGUCUCUACGAUGGGUUUGACUGCCAGAAUCUGGAAGGACAGUGCAAUCCUCUGUAUGACCAGUACUGCAAGGACCACUACGCUGACAGCCACUGCGACCAGGGCUGCAACAAUGCUGAGUGCGAGUGGGACGGCUUGGACUGUGCCAAUAACAUGCCCGAGAAGCUCGCCAUGGGCCAGUUGGUCCUGGUGGUCCACAUCAACCCCGAGCAGCUCCUCAACAACUCUUUCGGCUUCCUGCGAGAGCUAAGCCGCGUCCUCCGUACCAAUGUGAUAUUCAGUAAGGACGCCAAGGGCGAGAUGAUGGUAUACCCGUACUACGGGAACGAACACGAGCUGAAGAAGUACAAUGUUAAGCGCUCAGUGGAUACUUGGGCAGAGGUUCCAGGCAAGGUGCUGAACGUGGUGAAGAGGAGCCUGUAUGAUGUGGCAGGCGGCAGCAGGAGAAUUAGGAGGGAGCUGGAUCACUUGCAGAUCAAAGGUUCAGUUGUCCACUUGGAGGUGGACAACCGUCAGUGCUUCCAGCAGUCCACUGAGUGUUUCCAGAGCACCAAUGAUGCUGCAGCUUUCCUCGGGGCUUUGGCCUCCAGUGGCAAACUGGAUGUUCCCUACACUAUUGAAGCUGUUUUUAGCGGUGUGGACCCCGACCCUCCACAGGACCCCUACCCAAUCUACUUGGUCCUGGGCGGCGUAGGGAUACUGGCCUUCCUCGGAGUUGGGAUGGUGGCUGCCCGAAAGCGGCGCCAUGAGCACGGGCGCCUCUGGCUCCCCGAAGGCUUCAAGACCACAGAGACUAGUAAGAAGAAGAGACGUGAGCCUGUCGGAGAGGAUUCGGUGGGAUUAAAGCCACUGAAAAACACCUCAGACAUUUCGCUCAUGGAUGACGCCCAAAAUGAAUGGGAAGAGGACGAGCCUUCAGAUGCCAAACGCUUCAGGCAGUUUGACGAGCAGGCUGUACUGGAGGUGGGCGACCAGACGGACCACCGGCAGUGGACGCAGCAGCACCUGGACGCCGCUGACCUGCGCAUCCCCUCCAUUGCUCCCACUCCCCCUCAGGGCGAGAUUGAGAAUGACUGCAUGGACGUUAAUGUCCGGGGACCGGAUGGAUUCACACCGCUGAUGAUUGCAUCCUGCAGUGGGGGAGGUUUAGAAACAGGCAACAGCGAGGAAGAAGAGGAUGCCUCUGCCAAUGUGAUCAAUGACUUCAUCUACCAGGGCGCUAACCUUCACAACCAGACUGACCGCACAGGUGAAACCGCUCUUCACCUGGCUGCCCGCUACGCUCGCUCUGACGCUGCCAAACGUCUGCUGGAGGCCAGCGCUGAUGCCAACAUCCAGGACAACAUGGGCAGGACGCCUCUGCAUGCUGCUGUGGCAGCUGAUGCCCAGGGGGUGUUCCAGAUUCUGAUAAGGAACCGCGCCACAGACUUGGAUGCCCGCAUGCAUGAUGGCACUACACCUCUGAUCUUGGCUGCCAGGCUGGCAGUGGAGGGCAUGGUGGAGGAGCUCAUAAACUGUCAUGCUGACGUCAAUGCAAUCGAUGACUUUGGUAAAUCAGCUCUACAUUGGGCUGCAGCAGUAAAUAACGUGGAGGCUGCUAUUGUGCUUCUCAAGAACAGUGCCAACAAGGACAUGCAAAACAACAAGGAGGAAACCCCUCUAUUCUUGGCUGCCAGGGAAGGAAGCUACGAGACUGCCAAGGUCUUACUGGACCACUUUUCCAACAGAGAAAUAACUGACCACAUGGACCGGUUACCCAGAGACAUUGCACAGGAGAGAAUGCAUCACGACAUUGUGCGGCUAAUGGACGAGUACAACCUGGUACGGAGUCCUCACAUGCACGGAGGGUCACUCAGCACCACGUUGUCGCCCCCUCUCUGCUCGCCCAACGGCUACCUGGGCGGCAUGAAGCAGCCUCAGCCUCAAGGUCAAGGCCAGAGCAAAAAGGCACGCAAGCCCAGCACCAAGGGCAUCGGCUGCAAGGAGGGCAAAGACAUGAAGGUAAAGAAGAAGAAUUCGCAGGAUGGGAAGUCUGGGAACCUCCUGGACAGCUCAGCGGUUCUGUCACCCGUUGACUCGUUGGAGUCUCCCCACGGCUACGUCUCUGACGUGGCCUCACCGCCCAUGAUGACCUCGCCUUUCCAGCAGUCGCCGUCUGUAUCGCUGAACCAUCUGCAGGGUAUGUCUGACCCCCACCUAGCUGUAAACCACAUGGUGAUGCCAAACAAGCAGGAGCUGGCCCGAAUGCAGUUUGACCCGCUGCCUCCCCGUCUUACUCAUCUGCCCGUGUCUGGCUCCAGUGGCCAGGGCGCCAUAAACGGCCAGUGUGAUUGGCUGUCCAGGAUGCACGGCAACAUGAGCCAGCCAGGUCAGUUCAACCCCAUGAGAGGAGCUCCUGGUAGUCAGGGAGGUCUGCAUCAGGGAGGGCAGCACGGGAUGAUGACCUCCCUCCACAACGGCCACCCCACCACCAGCCUGUCUCAGAUGAUGAACUACCAGGGAAUCCAGAGCACCAGACUGGGCCCACAGCCCCACAUCAUGCAGCAGCAGGCUCAGCAGAUGCAGCAGAUGCAGAACCUGCAGCAGCUCCAGCAGCAGCAGCAGCAACAACAGAGCAUCCAGCUGCAGCACCAGAACUCAAGCACGACCAGCAGCCAGAACUUCAUCAGCGGGGAGCUCAGUUCUCCAGAGCUCCAGCAGGGCACAGGCAACUCCAGCAUGCCCAUCCACACCAUCCUGCCGCAGGAGACCCAGAUUAUGCCUUCCUCCAUCAACCAGUCAAUGCCCAGCACCCAGUUCCUCACCCCACCUUCCCAGCACAGCUAUUCAGGCCCCAUGGACAACACCCCAAACCAUCAGGUCCAGGUGCCAGACCACCCCUUUCUGACCCCCUCUCCCGGCUCCCCCGAUCAGUGGUCAAGUUCUUCUCCUCAUUCCAACAUGUCCGACUGGUCAGAGGGCAUUUCAAGUCCACCGACAAGCAUGCAGUCUCAGAUUGGACAUAUACCUGAACAGUUCAAAUAAAAAGCUUGUAUCUUUACGCCCAGAUGAGCUGCUGUAUAUUUUUUUAUUAAAAAAAAAAGGCACUCCUUGUGAAAAAAUAGAAAAAGGGCAAAGCUGUAAACACGAUUCAGUAGGACUUUUUAUACGCUUUUAUACUAACAGCAACAUCUUUGUUUCAUCCAUUCUUUUUAUUUAUUAAUGCAUUAUUUAUACGCAUUGCCUGCAUACAGAAAUUUUGGGGAUCCAUGGUGCUGGGUCAUAUGCAGGACAGAGAAAGUCCUUUAGAGAGACUCUUUUCUUUUAGUAUUUCUUUUCUGCAGUCAAGCCUCAGCAUACGCACUGGGUAUUUAUUUCCUUAAGGACUUUUAGUAUUUGCCUUUUUUCAUAUGAUUUCUCAAUUUUUGUUUAUAUUUUUUUAUUUUUUGUAUAAUCUUGUUUAUAAAUAAACUUGUGAUUGAGGGGCAUUUUUAUAGAGCACAUUUUAAGUUUCAGUGUUAUUUCAAUUUGAAGUGUGGGAAAUAUUCUAGUCAGUCGAUGAUAAAGAAGUUGUGAAUGUUAACAGAACACAUGUCCUGUAUUUCAUGCACAGGUCCUAUAUGAUGUAGGAGCUGUUCUCCACAGUUACCCCUUUUUAAAUAUCAUGAGAUUCGUAGUUACACUCUCUAGAGUUGUGUACAUGUCUUGAAUCAGUGGAUCAACAUUGUGUUGUGCCUCUAGAUUUGAUUGCCUUCAUAUGUAGAGACGUGGUGGAGAUGUGAUAUGUUGUACAGUAUGCAGCCAUCUUGGAGAUUGGCAGUUAAGGCAGGCUUGAGUAUCUGUUAGUCCUGUGGUGUUGGAGAACUGGCCCGUCGGCCACAGUGUAUGUUGUUGUCCAGAGGGAAAAGGAAACUUAAUUUCCCCUCGCCCUCAUAUUAGUUUGAGCCUAUGGCUGUGUUCUUCCUUCUGUAAAUAUGUUAUGCCUUUCCCUUGUAAGCAAGAUUUUGUUUAAGAAAUCUGAGGUCUUAAGCAUGCAAUUUUGAUAGGUAUCGCACCAGUCAACAACCUCUAAAAUGUCAAACAGAACAGAAUAUAUAUUUUGUAUUUUACUGUCCCUUAUGCAUACAUAAAUUUGAACUAUAUACAAAUAGAUACAUUAUAUUGUUAGGAGACAUUUUUCUCAUAAAAAGGGAAAAUACAUAAAUAUUGAGGUUUUAUAAAUUCAUAUUUAUUUAGUGUUCUGUAACACAAAAACCCACUGAGGCAACCAUUUGUGCAUAUUAUGCUUUUGUUACACUUUGGUAAAAUGGAAAAACUGUUGAAAGUUCUCAGUUGUGUCCACUUCAAUGCCUUGUGAGACACUCCCUGGUAUAGUUUGCAAAAUGUUAUAAUUUAAAAAAAAAUAUUAGAUUGUAGUAAAGUUGUAAUAUCUGCAAUAUGUUUCUUUCCUCUUAUAAAGUUAUAAUUUGCAAGAAAUGUAUUUCCUCUUUUCAUUUUCAAUCUGUAAAAAAUGUUUCUUGUUAUAAUAAAGGGCACGUGUGUGUCUUGAACUUA